CAACUUCUUCUCUUUUAUUUUUUCUUUUUUUUCGCUCUUUUUAUAUUACCAUUUUGGGGUUAGCAAUAGCAUGGACUAGGGUGGGGGGACAUUAUAGUAAACAGUUAACAGUGGAGUGUGCAAACUGCAAACAAUAAAAAAUGAAAACGCAAGUUGGGUAUCUUCAAGAAUCUUUACAUGUCCAGUUAUUCAAAUUCUCUUUCUCCUUCUCUCAUUCUCAGCUUUACUUCACCCAGCUUCGUUCUUCUGCUGUUUUCCUUUUUCAACAAGCGUGGCUUUAUCAUUCACAAGAGGUGGAAGGAAUCUUGUUUAUCAUUUGCAGCAAAGUGUAGUGUUGUUGGGAGAGAAUCUUUCUGAGCACUGCCACACUUUUUCUGAGGACAACGUUUGAGGAGUGAAGACAGAUAUUAUAUUAUCCAAUCCAACCCAACCCAGUCCUGGGUUGUUCUCUUUUGACGAGACAAGAAUUUUGAGAUCUGUUUGAGAGGUGAGGCUUGUGUUGUUUUGGGAGGAAGUUGUUUUUUUUUUUGCUGAAGCAGCCACCCAUGAUGAGAGAUGGUGGUGUGACAUCAUCAUCACCUGCUUCCAUGAUGGAAGCUCCACCACCCGAUGGAACAACGACAACAAUAACAACAAUGGAUUUUGAUUACAUGGGUGAGCUUUUCUUAGAUGGGUGCUGGUUGGAAGCCUCUGUUGAUGGAUCUGACUUCUUGCCGCAAAGUCCUUCCUUUUCCAAUCCCCUCUUUGACCCUUCAUUCUCCUGGCCCGCCUUGGAGACCAACCACAAUGAACCCCAGGGUGCUGCUUUUGGGACACAACAAGAAGGCCACAACAACGACAACAUGGUUAAUGUUGUUGUUGGUCAAGAGUUGCAGCCUGAAACUACUGCAAUUGAAGGAGCAUCUGAAGGGGUGAGAAGAUGGAGGUUUGCACCCGCACCAAGUCCUGCACCUGGACCUUCCAUAAUGGAGAAGCUGAUAAGGGCCCUCAUGUGGAUCAAAGACUACAACAGGAACAAAAACAUGCUUACACAGAUAUGGGUGCCGGUUCAUAGAGGUGGUAGACCGAUUCUCGCAGCUAAUGAUAUUCUGUUCUCACUCGAUUCCAGGUCUGUGAACCUUGCAAAGUACCGUGAAAUCUCAGUGAGGUACGAGUUUUCUGCGGAGGAGGGUGAGGUGAAGGAGUUGGUGGCAGCAGAGAAGGGUGGCUCCAAGGAAUUGUUGCCAGGGUUACCAGGUAGAGUGUUCAGAGACAAGGUUCCUGAAUGGACUCCUGAUGUUAGAUUCUUUAGGAGUGACGAGUAUCCGCGAGUUGACCAUGCUCAAGAGUAUGAUGUGCGUGGGUCACUCGCAGUACCAAUCUUUGAGCAAGGGAGCAAGAUGUGCUUGGGGGUUAUUGAGGUUGUCAUGACUACUCAGCAGAUCAACUAUGGUCCUGAACUUGACAGUGUUUGCAAAGCUCUUGAGGCCGUUGAUCUUAGAAGCUCAAAACAAUUAAGUAUUCAUAAUGUGGAGGCAUGCAACAGGUCCUACGAAGCUGUGCUACCUGAGAUUCAACUGGUGUUGAGAUCUGCAUGUGAAAUGCAUAGAUUACCUUUAGCUCAAACUUGGAUCCCAUGUGUUCAACAAGGCAAAGAGGGGUGUCGGCACUCAGAAGAUAAUUAUCUGCUAUGUAUAUCUCCGGUAGAACAUGCUUGCUAUGUUGGUGAUCCCAAAAUCAGGCCUUUUCACGAGUCUUGCACAGAACAUCACUUGUUGAAGGGUGAAGGUGUUGCUGGGGGAGCUUUUAUGACCAAUCAACCAUGUUUCUCAGACGACAUAACAUCCUUAAGCAAGAAAGACUAUCCACUGUCUCAUCAUGCGAGGCUGUUUGGAUUGCGUGCUGCUGUUGCCAUACGCCUUCGAAGCAUCUUCAAUAGCACCGAUGACUUUGUUUUGGAGUUCUUCUUGCCUGUAGAUUGCAAUGACAGUGAAGAGCAGAGGAAGAUGCUGACAUCAUUGUCCAUCAUUAUACAAAGGGUUUGUCGCAGCUUGCGGGUUAUAAGUGAUAAGGAAUUGGAGGAAGCUAACUUGUCAAUUGAUGAAGUGAUUUCCCUUGCAGAUGGUGGAUUUGAUAGCACUGCAAUUUGUGAGGAACUUCAACACAAAGGGACGGUUCUUUCAUUAGAUACUGAAGAAAAAUUAAGUGAAACAACUGGUAGAAACUUCUCUGACCCGAGGCAGCAACAAGAAAGUCCUGUUUUAAAGGGAAACCUUGACUGUGUCAGGGAGUGUUCUACUUCUGUUGAGGGUAACUUAUCAAGUGUGGGAAUUAGUAAAAUGGGAGAGAGAAGACGAGCCAAGGCAGAGAAAACUAUCACUUUGCAAGUUCUUAGACAAUAUUUUGCUGGAAGUUUGAAAGAUGCUGCAAAGAAUAUCGGUGUGUGUACAACAACCUUGAAAAGGAUUUGCCGGCAACACGGGAUAAAGCGUUGGCCCUCACGAAAGAUCAAAAAGGUUGGUCACUCCUUACAGAAACUUCAACUUGUGAUUGACUCGGUUCAAGGUGCCUCUGGGGCAUUUCAAAUCGAUUCUUUCUAUUCAAACUUCCCAGAACUAGCUUCUCCAAACUUAUCAGGAACAACCAUGUUCUCAACUCUGAAUCAAACCGAUAAUCCAAACUCAAUAAGCACGCACCCAGAUCCUGGUUCAUUGAGUCCAGAAGGCACAUCAAAAUCUCCCUCUUCCUCCUGCGGCCAGAGUUCCAUUUCAAGCCAUUCCUGCUCCAGCAUGUCGGAGCUACAGCAGCAGAAUCCCGCAACCAACAUUGCCGGUAACAAAGAUUCCACCAUGGCUGGUGAAGAUUCUGCAGAUGUUGCGUUGAAGAGGAUCAGAAGCGAAGCAGAGCUUAAAAGCCUGAAUCAGGAUAAAGCAAAGGUCUUGCCAAGAUCACUGAGCCAGGAAACACUUGGUGAGCACCCCAAAAACCAGUAUCAACGACCCUUGUUGAAAACAAGUAGCAAGGUGGAUGGUCACAGAGUAAAAGUCACAUACGGUGAUGAAAAAACUCGGUUUCGGAUGCCCAAGAACUGGGGCUAUGAAGAUCUUAUGCAGGAAAUUGGUAGGAGAUUUAGUGUGAGUGACAUGAGAAAAUUUGAUGUGAAAUACUUGGAUGAUGACAGUGAGUGGGUACUACUCACUUGUGAUGCUGACUUGGAGGAGUGCAUUGAUGUUUGUCGAUCUUCUGAGAGUGCCACCAUCAAAUUAAGCCUACAAAUUUCUAGUCAUAGUAUGAGAAGUUCUUUAGAGUUUAGAUAACAGAUUGAUUGUAAAUCAUAAGAUCCUUUUUCAUGUAUGUUAUGUGAAUCAGUCUUAGAAAAUACACAAUUCUUUCUUCUUUUUUUGUGAUUUUUUUUUUAUUACUUUAGCAGAAUGUAAGGAUAAACUUCCUUGUGCUCUAAGCAAUAAGCAGAUUCUGAUAUGUAAUAUUUAAUUCUCAUUGAGUUUUUCCA